UCGUUUUACUUAGCGGUAUAGUUAGUUCAUCGUUCGCUUCUCUCUUUGCACACACACUAUCUUAUUGGAGAAAUUGCGAGUGCAAUUACUUCUAGGGUUUGUGGUAAUCGUCGCUGCAAUGGCGAGUGUGUACAUACCGGUACAGAAUUCGGAAGAAGAAGUUAGGGUUGUUCUUGAUCAGCUCCCUCGUGACGCUUCUGAUAUCCUUGAUAUCCUUAAAGCCGAACAAGCUCCUCUCGAUCUCUGGCUCAUCAUCGCGAGGGAAUACUUCAAGCAAGGAAAAAUUGAACAGUUUCGACAAAUAUUGGAGGAAGGCUCAAGUUCUGACAUUGACGAGUACUAUGCUGAUGUUAAGUACGAGAGAAUAGCAAUCUUGAACGCUCUAGGUGCGUAUUACAGCUACUUGGGUAAAACUGAGACAAAACACAGAGAAAAAGAGGAGCAAUUCAUCUUGGCAACACGAUAUUAUAACAAAGCGUCGAGAAUCGAUAUGCAUGAGCCUUCCACUUGGGUUGGGAAAGGUCAGCUCUUACUGGCUAAGGGUGAAAUAGAUAAUGCACUUCAGGCAUUUAAGAUUGUGUUAGACACUGCCCCUGAUAAUGUUCCUGCUCUUCUGGGUCAGGCUUCUGUAGAAUUUAAUCGUGGACGUUUUUCUGAGUCAUUAAACCUAUACAAGAGGGCCUUGCAAGUAUUUCCUGGGUGUCCUGCAGCUGUGAGACUGGGAAUUGGUCUUUGUCGUUAUAAGUUGGGGCAACUAGAUAAAGCUCGGCAAGCGUUUGAUCGUGUUUUGCAGCUAGAUCCUGAUAAUGUUGAGGCUCUUGUGGCACUUGGGAUCAUGGAUUUGCAAGCAAAUGAUUCUAUAGGAAUGAGGAAAGGAAUGGACAGAAUGCAGCAAGCAUUUGAGAUUUAUCCAUAUUGCGCAUCAGCCCUAAAUUAUUUGGCCAAUCACUUUUUUUUCACUGGCCAGCACUUUCUUGUUGAGCAGCUGACUGAAACGGCAUUAGCCGUCACAACUCAUGGGCCAACAAAGUCACAUUCUUUUUACAAUUUAGCACGGUCAUAUCAUAGCAAGGGGGACUAUGAAAAGGCUGGGAUGUACUAUAUGGCAGCCAUCAAAGAAACUAAUAAUAAGCCACAAGAAUUUGUAUUUCCUUACUUUGGUUUGGGUCAAGUACAACUAAAGUUGGGGGAGCUGAAAGGAUCUGUAUUUAACUUUGAGAAAGUAUUAGAAGUCUAUCCCGACAACUGUGAGACUCUGAAGGCUCUCGGGCACUUAUACACCCAGCUUGGACAAAAUGAUAAGGCCCUUGAGUACAUGCGAAAGGCCACAAAACUUGAUCCACGUGAUGCCCAGGCAUUUGUUGGCCUUGGUGAGCUGCUGAUAUCAUCUGACACAGGGGCUGCACUUGACGCCUUCAAAAUGGCACGGACACUCAUGAAAAAGGGAGGGCAAGAGGUGCCGAUAGAAGUCCUGAAUGACAUUGGUGCUUUACAUUUUGAGAGAGAAGAAUUUGAGUCUGCGCUUGACAAUUUUAAGGAGGCUCUGGGUGAUGGAAUAUGGAUUAGCUUCCUUGAUGAAAAAGAAAAUUUGGAACAAACAGGUGUAUCUGUUCUAGGGUACAAGGAUACGGGCAUUUUCCAUAGGCUGAUUGAAAGUGGUCACUCUGUCGAUGUACCUUGGAAUAAAGUCACAACUUUGUUUAACCUGGCUAGAUUACUUGAGCAGUUACACAAAACAGAAGCAGCGACUUUUCUGUAUCAAUUGAUACUUUUCAAGUAUCCUGGCUACAUAGAUGCUUAUUUGAGGCUUGCUGCGAGUGCAAAAGCUCAGAACAAUCUUCCUCUGGCCAUUGAACUGGUGAAUGAAGCUCUGAAAGUGGACGAUAAAAAUCCAAAUGCGUUGUCUCUGCUUGGUGAAUUGGAGCUUAAGAAUGAUGACUGGGUUAAGGCAAAGGAAACCUUUCGAGCUGCUAAUGAUGCGACUGAUGGGAAGGACUCAUAUGCUAUUCUCUCUCUGGGGAACUGGAACUAUUUCGCGGCAAUGCGCAAUGAGAAAAGAAAUCCAAAAUUAGAAGCUACACAUCUGGAGAAGGCCAAGGAACUCUAUACUAAAGUCCUGACUCAACAUAAUUCCAACAUGUAUGCUGCCAACGGUUCUGGCAUUGUAUUGGCAGAGAAAGGCCAAUUUGAUAUUGCCAAAGAUGUUUUUACUCAGGUUCAAGAAGCUGCAAGUGGAAGUGUAUUUCUUCAGAUGCCUGAUGUAUGGGUGAAUCUGGCUCAUGUUUACUUUGCUCAAGGGAAUUUUGCCUUAGCCGUGAAAAUGUAUCAAAACUGCUUGCGGAAGUUCUUUAACAACACAGACUCUCAAAUUCUUCUUUACUUAGCCCGUACCCAUUACGAGGCUGAGCAGUGGCAAGAGUGCAAAAAGACACUAUUAAGGGCCAUUCACUUGACUCCUUCAAAUUACACAUUCAGAUUUGAUUUGGGUGCUGUAAUGCAGAAAUCAUCGUCUUCCACACUGCAAAAGAAAAAAAGAACAGCUGAUGAGGUGCGCUCAACAGUUGCAGAAGCUGAGAAUGCUGUUCGUGUAUUCACUCAAUUGUCUGCUGCUUCAGACCUCCAUGUUCAUGGGUUUGAUAGCAAGAAGAUUCAAACCCAUGUUCAGUAUUGCUCGCACUUGCUGGAAGCAGCAAAAGUUCACCGUGAAGCAGCUGAGCGUGAGGAGCUGCAGAACCGACAGAGAUUAGAAGUUGCUCGUCAGGCUGCUUUGGCAGAAGAAGCACGCCGUAAAGCUGAAGAACAGAGGAAAUAUCAGUUGGAGAAAAGAAAACAGGAGGAAGAGCUGAGACGCCUAAAGCAAGAAGAAGAAAAAAUUCAACGUAUAAAGGAACAAUGGAAGAGCUCCACACCUGGAUCUCAUAAGCGGAAAGAUAGAGUGGAAGAUGAUGACGGGGAAGGUAAGCCCAGUGAGCGGAGAAGAAAGAAAGGCGGAAAGAGAAGAAAGAAGGACAAAAGCUCAAGGGCUCGACACUACGAGGACGAUGAAGAAGAAGCUGCCACUAUGGAUGAUCAUAAUGAAGUGGAAGAUGAAGACGCCAACACUAAUUAUAACAGGGAAGAUGAGAUGACAAAUCAAGAAGCUGAGGAACCUGUGGAUGAUGAUGCUCAUGAUCUUCUUGCUGCUGCUGGGCUCGAAGAUCCUGAUGUUUAUGAUGAUGAGGUACCUGCUUCGGGGGUAAGACGAAGAAGGGCGCUAUCAUCAUCAGAUGAAGAAGGUGAAUUGAUGGAGGAGAGUCAGCCAAAUCAAAGCCCCACCAGAGAGAAAGAAGAGAGCAAUGGGGAAGGAGAAGAUGCUAACGUGGAGGAAGAAGACUAGAAGAGGAAGAGGAAGAGGCCAAUUGAGAUCGUUCAUACAUAACAACAGAUUUCUCUUGUGUGUUUGUAACUUUAGUGACAAAGAUAUUCCAUUGAUUCAAUUUUUCUAGAAGUCAGAGUGUGAGGACAAAAAUUCAUUCACAGGCCAAGGAUAAUCAGUUUGAACUUUGGGUUAUUUGGAUUGAGCCUUGUUUUUAUUUGCUAUUGUUAAUGGAAAAGUAAUCUUUUUU